GAGCUCCACGACUCCCUUCCCUCCUUCUCCACGACCCUUUGACCCUCACCACGCAUUGUCACCCCCGCCGUCAUCAUGAUAUCCAGAGCGGCGGCUCCCUCCACCUCCUCCCUCUCCCACCUCUCGACCCGCUCCCUCCGCGCCCAGGGGGCGGCCGCCCGCUCCUUCGCAUCUGUGUCGGAGGCGCCUCCCGUGAAGCACUAUGGCGGACUUAAGGACCAAGAUCGGAUCUUCACCAACCUUUACUCACACCAUGGAGCGGACUUGAAGUCAUCAAUGAAAUAUGGUGACUGGUACCGGACCAAGGAUAUGAUUUUGAAGGGUGAUGAUUGGCUCAUCUCAGAGAUCAAGGCAUCUGGCCUCCGUGGCCGUGGUGGUGCUGGUUUCCCUUCAGGAUUGAAAUACUCGUUCAUGAACUUCAAGGAUUGGGACAAAGACCCUCGCCCCCGUUAUCUGGUUGUCAAUGCAGAUGAGGGUGAGCCCGGUACUUGCAAGGACCGAGAGAUCAUGCGCAAGGACCCCCAGAAGCUGAUCGAGGGUUGCUUGGUGGUGGGUCGUGCUAUGAACGCCAACGCCGCCUACAUCUACAUCCGUGGUGAGUUCUACCACGAGGCUACUGUUCUCCAGCGGGCUAUCAACGAGGCCUACGAGGCUGGCCUGAUCGGCAAGAACGCCUGCGGUUCCGGAUACGACUUCGACGUGUACAUUCACCGUGGAAUGGGUGCCUACAUUUGUGGUGAGGAGACCUCGCUCAUUGAGUCCAUUGAGGGCAAGGCCGGCAAGCCCCGCCUCAAGCCUCCCUUCCCCGCCGCCGUCGGUCUCUUCGGUUGCCCCAGCACAGUCACCAACGUCGAGACCGUUGCCGUAACACCGACCAUCAUGCGCCGUGGUGCCAACUGGUUCUCUUCCUUCGGUCGUGAGCGUAACGCCGGUACCAAGCUUUUCUGUAUCUCCGGUCACGUCAACAACCCCGUCACAGUAGAGGAGGAGAUGUCCAUCUCGCUGCGCGAGCUGAUCGAGAAGCACUGUGGAGGUGUCCGCGGUGGUUGGGACAACUUGCUCGCCGUUAUCCCCGGUGGCUCGUCAACUCCCGUCAUCCCCAAGGCCGUGGCCGACAACCAGCUCAUGGACUUCGACGCCCUCAAGGACUCCCAGACUGGUCUGGGUACAGCUGCCGUCAUCGUCAUGGAUAAGUCCACCGAUAUCGUCCGUGCCAUCUCCCGCCUGUCUACCUUCUACAAGCACGAGUCUUGCGGCCAGUGCACUCCCUGCCGUGAGGGCAGCAAAUGGACCAUGCAGAUGAUGCAGCGUCUCGAGACCGGCAAUGCCCGCGAGCGCGAAAUCGACAUGCUCCAGGAGCUUACCAAGCAGGUCGAGGGUCACACCAUCUGUGCUCUGGGUGAGGCCUUCGCCUGGCCUAUCCAGGGUCUGAUCCGCCACUUCCGUCCCGAGCUGGAGGCCCGUAUCCGCCAGUACGAGAAGGAGCUUGGUGCUGCCCCCUUCGCCGGUGGCUGGCCCCCCAACAGCCGCGCUGAGGGCAAGCUGAUCUCCCCUGGCAUGUAA